AUGGACCAGCUACUGCCUAUCAUCACAGGCCUAGGCUGGAGCAUGUUGGGCCUCGUGAGUUGCAGGCCUCGUCAGCUAAGUGGGUAUCCGGAGGAAGUUGGUGGCCUGCCUCCUGCUCAGGAUAUUGAGAGAUGGAAGCAUAAUGGUCCAGACUUGGAUGAUCUGCUGACUGGGCAAGAGGAGUGUUCAGCCGGACUCCCCUUAAAAAAGCAAGGCUAA